AUGAGUAGGUUCAUCAGUCUGAUGCAGACUUACGCGGCCCCUGAAAUUGUCAUCAGUGAUGCCGACAAGGAGACGAUCAAGGAUCUCUAUCGCGACUCGUUCCAAAACGACCCUUCAAUGAAGGUCCUACUUACGGAGAACGCACAGCAAGAUGAGCGCUACUUGGCCAUGCCUGGUCGAUUGCUAUCAUCGCCUGGCUCUUUACACACUGAGAUCCAUAGUAUCUUUCGGAUCCAAAACUUCGCCCAUGACUCUUCCGAGUUUCCCGCUAAUCUUCUCAGCAUUGGGCCCUUAAUUGGUGAUGCUAGAGCUCUAGAGGCAUGGCACGCGAUGUGCCCGGCAUUGGUUCUUGCCACCAAGAUCCUAGUGGAUCCUCACAUGGAGCCAUUCUGGUUCCAUCUUAUGUACGGCGCGCCGAUGACCGGCUACAACAGGAAGCCUUAUCUUGAGCGAUCCCCUCAAGAAGAUGAUUUGAUCACAGCACGCAAAGAUUUCCGUGAUCUUCUCCGGACCUUGCGAGAUCGAAUGACUUUCUUUUGGCAUCCGAGCGACGGACCUACUGGAAAUCCUCUACACGGGUGUUACUAUCCGUCGUUCUGGGAUGCCUUAUGCCAUCUUGAUCCUCGGAAUCGCGGAUGGGAUUUGUACGACCGAUAUAAGGGUGGUUGGUUUAAAGUGGCAUCCUACCAGUAUUCAGGCCACAUCGCUCUGAGCUCGAAUUUCUUAUUCCACUUACUCAGCCCGGCUUCUCCGACACGGGUUUCCGAGGCAAAGUAUGCACGACUCCAGGUUUCCCUUGCGACCACUAUUGUGCACGAACUUGCCCAUGCCAUAUACAGGUUCCGAUACUUGUCAUCACCAGAGAUGUUUAUCCGCCCAGAAGAUCUCUCCCGAGGCGAGACUCCUGGUUGCAUUAACCCUGACGCCCAGGUCAAGAAAACACAUGACCCUUCCAAUGUUAUGGCGGGGCAAGAAAUGUUUGUCUUUCCCUCUGACUUGGUCAACGAAGCUGGCUGGUCGUUCGAGUACUCACUAUGGGGAGGCGUUUGUCUUAUGUGCGACUUGAUUGGCCUCAAAGUCGGAGAAAUGCAGGCCGUGUUGUGGGAGGACCAUCUCAGCGUCCCCGACAUACGUGUACCUGUCAACGACAAGUGGGUUCAAGCUCUGUUUCACAAGAAGACCUGGGCCCACUUCGCAACUCAUAUUGGUCAACUCUUGAACGUGGUUAAACAGCCUACGACGUUUUACAUGGGGCGAUAUUGCAUGGAAUCCCAAACGUUCGACAUUGUUUUGUACGACACUAGCCUCGCUGAAGAUCAGAUCACCGACAUCAGGGAGUGGUGUCGUCAGGUGCGGAAGAUGGACAUUGCCGAGGCAAUCAAGUCGGGCAAAUUUUACGAGCAGACGAAAAUUCGGAUGGGUUAUCGUGCAUGGGGCAUUGGAUCGAUAAUGCGCUUCGUCAAGGCAGGAGAAACGAAGGAUUCCGGCCCACCUGCUGGCGAGGCUCCGUGGCUCGACUACCCUGAUGCCGAUCCUGUCUCCCCAGAAGCUGACAUGAGUGAACCCCGUUAG